AUGAUCACGUCUACUCCAGGUUACGAUGAAGCCCGCUUCCAGUCCGAGGCGGAACUUGGUCUCGUUGCCGAUGUCGUCCUCGCCCAUCGCGCAGAGGGCGCCACCAAGGAGUCAGAGGUCACUGGCAAGAUGCCAAAGCCGACCGGGGGAGAGCCAGGGUUGCGCCAGUCGGGUGGCGAGAGCAGCCUGCUGAGGAAGGAGGCCGAGAGGGAGUCUCAGCGUGAGACGGAGCUGGAGGCGAAGCGUCGCGAGCUCAAGACGCUGCUCGAGUCGGUCGGGCUGCGCGUGCGGGUGCAGCACUCACGAGACGGCGGCGAGGUGAUGCUCAAGGUGACGGCCACGCUGGAGCGCCUCGAGGAUGAGGCCGAGCGCAGCGGCAUGAAGAUGGGCAUCGCCGGCUCGCAACGCCAAUACGAGCCCUUCACGCGCUCGCGGGCAGGGGAGUUUGCGGAGCGCGAGGUUGGCGGCGCUGGGCUUGACCUCGACGAGCUCGUUGUCAGCGGCGUACUGAUCUGCUACUUUGGUCUGCACUCCAUUGCAGAGAGGAACUCGCUCAACGCAGAGUGGCUAACCGUGCGCUCGUGGCCGUUUGCGAACCGGCGGCUCUUUCCGGACCUCGGGCUGAUGCAGCAGCCGAUAGGGGAGGUCCGGCAGUACUAUGGCGAGAGCAUCGCCAUGUACUUUGCCUGGAUGGAGCACUACACCAACUCGCUGACGGUGCUUGCGCUCAUCGCCGCUGUCGUCGAGCUGUCGCCGGUUGGUGCGCUCGGCACGCCGCUGUACGCAUGCGCCUCUGCGCUGUGGUGCACGUUGAUGGCGGAGUCGUGGAAGCGCCGCCAGGCCACGCUGGCGCACGAGUGGGGAAUGGUUGGCUACGAGAACGAGGAGCGGCCCCGGCCCGAGUUCAUCGCAGCCUUCCACAAGGGGCUGUGGGCAGCAGACCACGAGGCGGAUCCACCCGAGGUGGAUGAUGGCGAUGGGCUUUCGGAGAGCAACGCGAGCAUGCGGCUCGACGCGGAGAGCAAGCCAAUGGUGAAGAAGCGGCAGUCGUCCCUCACGAAGAUCGUGCGGGGCAACAAGGGCGGGAUGGAGCGGCGGAGCGGCUUUUACGACCGGCGCGGCUUUGUGCCGCAUGACGACGCUCCGGAGACGCUAGUGAUGCCCGAGGGGUCCCGGCUGCGCGUGUACCUCAUGAGCAUCCCGACGCUGGUGCUGUGCACCGUGCUGAUGCUGGUGGUCACACUCGGCAUCCUCACCUUCCGCAUGCUCAUGUCGCUGUCGCGGCAGCUGGAGGAGCAUCCGUACUUCAACCCGUCCACCGCGACGACGGUGGGCGCGCUGCUGAACACACUGUGGAUCACAGUCAUGAAUAUGGUGUACGCCAAGCUAGCCGCAUGGCUCAACGAUCUCGAGAACCACCGCACCGACACGGAGCACGAGGACGCGCUCAUCGUCAAGACCUUCCUCUUCCAGUUUGCAAACUCGUACAUCGUGCUCUUUUACAUCGCUUUCAUCCAGGGCCUCAACUUCUCGCUCUACGGUGCCUUUGGCUACACCAACGCGGCGGGCCAGGCGUACCACGACAUGUGCGGCCUCUCGGGCGGUGAGUCUGGGGCCGACUCGUGGGCCUUUGCCGGCUGCAAGGGCCCCGGCGGCAGCGCAGGCGUACCGCCCCCGACGGCGGGCGACCCGCUCGACGCAUCCAACCCUCAGGGGCACUGCGAGCGGGCGAUCUUUGUCGAGGCGCGCCACGACCCUGACGGCUGCGUCGGGCUGCUCCGCACGCAGCUGUUCUACUACACCGUCUUCAAGCCCCUCUACGAGGUUGCGCUGCAGGCUCUCAUCCCGUGGCUGCAGCACCGCUACAACCUCUACCAGCUCCGCCAGCGCGUCGGCCGGUCCUCCAUCGCGGCCACGGGGAUGGCCAGCGCGGAGGCAGCAGACAGCGGCGGGAAGAUGGCGGGCUGCGUCGACUGGAUGACGGGGCUCGUGGGGGCGCCGCCGGGGACGCAGAGUAGUACGGUGAGCAUCGACCUGAGCUCCGAGGAGCAGGUUGCGCUUCGCUUCGUCGAGCUCGGUCAGGAGAUCGAGGAGCAGAUGGCCAUGCCGGCGUUCGACGGCACCUUUUCCGAGUACAACACCAAGGUGAUACAGUACGGCUUUGUCUGCAUGUUUGCCUCCGCCUUCCCACCCGCCGCCAUCGCCGCAGCGAUCGCCAACUUUGUCGAGCUACGCUUCGACGCGCACAAGAUUGGCUACUCGCAUCGCCGGCCGGUCUACCGCGGCGCGGAGGACAUCGGCUCCUGGCAGCACGUGAUGGACGUGCUCUCGUGGCUGGCGCUCGUCAUCAAUGCUCUGAUCGUGGCGUACACGUCCAACAGCGUGCGCGACAUGCUCGUAAUACCGUGGCUCGCCGACAGAAGCGACUGCUCCAGCGACGCGGCCCCCUCGUGGGAUGAGGACUGCGUCUCCAACUGGCGAGAGUGCUACCUCAACAUUGGCGGCACGCCUGAGUACCCGGCAUGGCAGUACCUGCCCACAAACAUCACCGUCUCGGUCCCGCUGCUCACGGCGCUAUGCGAGAAGAAGGUGGCGGCCGAGAUGCAGACGCUGUACGACGAGGAGCAUUGCUUCGUGUGCCAGGCGCGGCAGCGCGCCGUCUCAUUAUCGCUCGUCUGGACCGUCUUUGUUCUCGAGCACGUUCUCGUCCUCGUCAAGCUCUUCCUCGCCGCCUUGGUGCCCGACGUGCCGCGCUGGGUCGAGCUUGAGCAGGCAAAGCAGCGCCAUGUGAGCGAGCGCCAGCGCAAGAAGCAAUGA